GAUUAUUUUUAUUGAAACACUGCAUUUGACGAGGAAGUGUCGUUUGGCAGUGAGUGUGCUGCUACUUUUCACUAAAUGUUUAGGUUGACAGACGUAAACAGCAUGGGUAAUGAGGUCCACGAUUGGUGUUUUCAGGCGUCAUAUUGCUUUGUGGUGAGAAUGUAGAUUUAAGUUAAUAAAAAAAUGAGGUAGCUAGCUUGUUAGUUAUCUGGUCGGCAAAAGUAGUUUUGGUUAGCUAUAUGGGUUAAGAAGCUUCACAGUACAUUUUAAUUUAGAAAGAAGAGACGAAAAUUACCGUGCACUUCCCCGUAUAGCAAAUACAACGUGUUUACUGUAAGGAGCAAGGGAAUCAAUGAAACAGUCUGACAGUGUUUUAAGGUAAAGUUAGAGUUUCUCUCACUUAAUAAUGUCACUCAACAACAUCCCUGGGAUGGAGACGUCUGCCAUCUCUGUUCUGAAGAGGGCCGUGGAGUUGGACCAAAUUUCACGCUUCCAGGAGUCUCUGGUGUGCUACCAGGAAGGGAUCCAGCUGCUGAUUGAUGUCCUUAAAGCUGUGAAGGAUGAUUCCAAAAAAGUGCACUAUAGGGAGAAGAUCAAGGGGUAUAUGGAAAGAGCUGAACAGAUUAAAGUGCAUCUUAAUAAAGCUAAAGAGGAGGGCAAAUAUCAUGAACAGAUCAAGAUAGCAGACUGUGACACAGGAUUUAGCUAUGAAGUCCUCUUCAAGCCAUACAUCAGUGAGGGCCUGACUGAGGUUUGGGUGGAGGACCCUUAUAUUCGCCAUGUUCAUCAGCUCUACAACUUCCUGCGUUUCUGUGAAAUGCUAUUGAAGACCCAAGGCAAAGUCAAGAAAAUUCACCUCCUGACCUCUCAAGAUGAUGGAGACAGUUCUGCUCAGCAGGUCAAUGCCCUCAGUGAACUCAAGGAGUCGCUUCAGAGGCGAAGGGUUGACCUAGACAUCCAGUACUCCUCCACCAUCCACGACAGAGAGAUCAGAUUUGAUAAUGGCUGGAUCAUAAAGAUUGGACGAGGACUUGACUAUUUUAAAAAGACUAAGGGAAGAUUCUCUAUUGGAUAUUGUGAUUACGACUUGAGAGAGUGUCACGAGACGACUGUGGACGUUUUUCACACAAAGCACACAAAGACAAGUUAGAGCCGGAUAACUAUUUUGUGCCCUCUUACUUUUCUAAUUUUUAAAGAGAGAUAUUCUUGAGAGAUAUGAAGUGCUUUCUCAUAACAACAAUAAUCAAGUAGUGUGUUAUGUUUUUGCUGAGCUGCAGUGCUCAUAAAAAUAACUGACCACAAGUUACAAGUGAUGCCAAAGUUCUUUACCUAUUAUGUUGCUGAUAUUGAUGGACCACAUGAUGUGUAACAAUGUCUUAAUGUACAGAUGGACCAUAAUAAUAUGCCAUAAUUUCUUAAUGGUGACAACUCUGUUAUGUGUUGGAAAUGCUUUUGAUAUAUGUUGGUGGGUUCUAAGGUUUUUAAAAUAAAGUAAGCUAUUUCAGAAA